CGGGCAAAGGAUUUUUCGAAACAAAGCAAGUGCUUUCUGUUUCCACAGAGAGACGUUUCAAUUCUUUCUCACUCCAAAAGGGAUUUUCUUCGUUCGAUGAGCUCCAGUUUGAUUCCCGCCAGUUCUUUUCAGGAUGAGUUCUUCUUGAUUAGGAUUUUGAGUUUUGGAGAUGAUUGUAGAAGCAGAUGGCUGAGUUAAAGGUCGAGGAGUGUUGUCUUGAGAAUAAACAAUUAACAACAGCAUCCAGCUCUUCUAUAUCUGAAGGCAGUGGAAGUGCCAUACUUAAGUCUCCGGCAAUUUCUAGCCCUGCAGCAACAUCACCUACUCAUCGGAGAACCACCGGCCCUAUUAGGCGUGCGAAAGGUGGCUGGACUCCGCAGGAGGAUGAGACAUUGAGAAAUGCUGUUGCAGCUUUUAAGGGAAAGAGCUGGAAAAAGAUAGCUGAGUUCUUUCCUGAUAGAUCAGAAGUGCAGUGUCUGCAUCGAUGGCAGAAGGUUCUCAAUCCAGAUCUUGUUAAAGGACCUUGGACUCAAGAGGAGGAUGAUAAAAUCAUUGAACUGGUGGCAAGAUAUGGACCCACAAAAUGGUCUGUCAUUGCAAAGUCUUUGCCUGGUCGAAUUGGAAAACAAUGCAGAGAGAGGUGGCACAAUCAUUUGAAUCCUGAUAUUAAAAAAGACGCAUGGACUUUGGAUGAAGAAUUAGCUCUUAUGAAUGCUCAUCGGGUGCAUGGGAACAAAUGGGCUGAAAUCGCCAAGGUCUUACCUGGAAGAACUGAUAACUCGAUAAAAAAUCACUGGAAUAGUUCCUUGAAGAAAAAAUUAGAUUUCUACUUGGCUACUGGGAAACUGCCGCCAGUUGCAAAGAAUGGCCUUCAAAAUGGCACCAAAGAUACAAAUAGAUCUACUGUAACUAAAAAAUUACUUGCUUCCUCAAAUAAAGAUUCAGAUUCAGCUGCACAAACAUCAUCAGGAACUACAGACAUAUGUAAACUAGACGAAGAUGGUAAGGAUCAUAUUGAUUCUUUGGCACCCAAACAAGAUGCGGCUGUUUCAUCUAGUGGUCUUCCAAAUGAGUCAGGUGAUUCUGAAAAUGUAGAAUGUAGGCCACAGUUGUCUAAUGCAGGUACUACCUGCAGUAACUUAGAGUCAGUGCCAAAGUUUGAGAAUCAUGGAACCAGCUCAGAAAUUGUUGAAGAUACAGAUACUGGGAGGCAAUUGCAGUUUGGAACUCCGACAUAUGGCUCUUUAUACUAUGAGCCACCCCAGUUUGAAAAUUGUAUUCCAUCAGAUAUAGAUCUCUUUUGUACGUGUGGUGUAAGCCAUGACUGUAGUUCUGGCCCCAAUAUCUCACCUAUUUGUUUCUUCACUCCACCUUGUGUGAAGGACAGUGCUCGAGGUAUGCAAAGUCCCGAAUCUAUAUUAAAAAUUGCUGCCAAGACCUUCCCUAAUACUCCUUCCAUAUUCCGAAAGAGAAAAAUAGUUUCUCAAGGGCAUCAAAUCAUUAACAAAGUUGAGAAAGUGGAUGCGGAAAUGGUCAAGGGCAGGCCUCACGCAUCCAACAAACACGAAAGAGCUGAGAACAGUUCUGAGAAGUCCCUGUUCGAAAAUGAGAGUUUGUGCAGCAGUCCUGCUUUUAGAGAAAAUGAUGUCGCUGGACCUACUAGCAAGGCUUUUAAUGUGUCUCCUCCAUACCGGUUAAGGUCCAAAAGAACUGCUGUCUUUAAGUCCGUAGAGAGACAACUUGAGUUCAGUUCCAAGAAGGAGAAAUCUGAUGUGAAUAUCAGAUCCUCAGAUUUAUCAGUGAACAGAAGUUCUGCUGUAAGUGAAGAUUGUUCCCAUACAACAAAGUUGGGAAGUGACCUUGGACAUAAACUGGAUAAGGCAGGAGAUAUGCUUGAAGUUGGGUGAUUGCUUUUUUACGGCGCCUGAGUCUGUUACUUUAUAGAGGUAUUCAAAGGAUAUAUAUAAGAUUUUGGUUAAUGGCAAUUGCCAUUUUGGACUUCUUAUGUGAUAGCUCAAGCAUAUCUUAACAUUAUGGACUCUUGUGAAGGAAAACUCAAGAGGCAAUUAGUAGGGUAUUGACAAGAUUAUUCUGUACAGAAGAACAUCCUUGUAAGAGAAGAAAUUCAAAUUCCUCUACGGCUGACAGAAAUACAUGGCAUUGUAUGUUGAGAAAUUUAGUUGGUCCUUUGGGUAGGAUUUUCACUUCACUAAAAUUUAUUUCGCUGCAGUUAAAUAUAUAGUUAUAUAUAAUCAAUGAUAUAUUUUCUAUUGAUUUCUUUUGUAAAUUAUCUAGAUUUGUUAUUUUCUUUUCUGAGAAAAAUUUACUUGGAUUCUUCAGCCUA